UCCGCAUUGGUUCACCAUCUCGUCUUUUCCUCUGCCCUCUCUCUAGUCUCUCCUCUUCAAUCUCUCGACACAAUCACAUAUCUUUUUCCCUCAUUCUCAUCCCUUUCGCUUUAUUUAUCUUCUUUCCUACUCAAACCAAAACCCUCCCUCUUUCUCGUUCUCAGCAACCCCCUCCAACUCCAAUUAAUCGCCGCGCUUUCACGCACACACCUUUUUUAUCCGAUUAAGAAGAGCGAGGGUAUUCUUGUCAAUUCGCCAUUACUUCUGUAUGGCGUUGUUUGGGGUUAUGGAGAUGGCAACAGCUGUCGACAUACUGUCCGACCUUGUUGUGUUCAUCGCUCCGCUUUGGAUUGCCGUUAUAGUCGGCGUUGUCCUUGGUUGGGCCUGGAAGCCCAAGUGGGCCGACAACUUGGCUUCCAUCGAGCCCACCUCCAACAACUACUACCUCCCCAAGCUUCGCCUCCCUUCUUGGGCUGCUUUGGGUUCCACCUCUGGUCCCCACACCGACCUUUCUUCCUUCUCCGUUUCCACCAGUUCGGGUGCGGGGUCGAGUUCGUUGCAACGGAAUGAUGGGGAGAACGAGGUUAGUGCUCUGGUGACGGAACAGGACUUGAAGCACUUGAGUAUGUUAGUUGAAGAAAAAGAUGGUGGACCCGCGUGGAUUCAGAUGAUGGACCGUUCUACUCCUACUAUGAGCUACCAAGCUUGGCGUAGGGACCCUGAGACUGGGCCGCCGCAGUACCGAAGUAGAACCGUGUAUGAAGAUGCAACUCCUGAGCUGUUGAGGGAUUUCUUCUGGGAUGACGAGUAUCGGUUGAAGUGGGAUGACAUGCUUAUACAUGCUUCAACCUUACAAGAGUGCCCUGUUACUGGGACUAUGAUGGUGCAUUGGGUUCGCAAGUUCCCCUUCUUUUGCAGUGAUAGAGAAUAUAUCAUUGGUAGAAGAAUUUGGGAUGCUGGACAAGCUUACUACUGCGUAACAAAGGGUGUCCCUUGUCCAUCUAUGCCAAGGCACAACAAACCUAAACGAGUUGAUCUUUAUUAUUCAAGCUGGUGCAUUCGUCCAGUUAAAUCAAGAAAAGAUGACCAGCUGACUGCGUGUGAAGUAUUAUUGUUUCACCACGAAGAUAUGGGCAUACCCUGGGAAAUUGCUAAGCUUGGAGUUCGUCAAGGCAUGUGGGGAGCAGUCAAGAAGUUUGAUCCUGCACUACGGAUAUAUAAAAAAGAGCGCGCUUCUGGUGCCCCAUUGUCACCUUGUGCUCGUUCUGCUAAAAUCAAUACUAAAAUAACUCCAGAAUAUCUGAGUUCUUUGGAAAAUGCAACCAAUGACAUCAUAGAGACCAGAAAUGAGGAUACUUCUGGAAAACCAAUUGGGAGGAACAUUCCUAAACUUCUAGUUUUUGGUGGAGUUAUUGCCCUUGCCUGCACUGUAGAUCAAGGACUGCUGACCAAGGCACUUAUAUUUGGAGUAGCCCGAAGGGUUGCGAAUAUUGGAAGGAGGUUCUGAUGCAUUGCUUUUUUGCUUGUUUUAGAAAGUGCCAAAGGUAAGUCGAUCUGAAAAGUAGAAUUAGAAAAUGGGAUCUCACUUGUUAAGCAACUGUUGAUUCUGGAUCUGGUUGGCAGAUAUGGAUCAGGAGCAAUGGUUUUAUUCUUUCCCCAUUUGUUUGAGCUAUAUGAAGUAAUUUAUAAGUACAAAUAGGGAGAUUGUAUAUUUGAGUCAUUGAAGAUUCUCGUGCUGCAGGGCCGACACCAAUAUUCAGGUUUUUAUUUGGUUCACAUUUUCUCAUAGGUUUUCCCCCACAUGCUCUUGUUUUCUAUCCUUUUGAUUUGUAUAUUGUCCCUCAUCUAGCAUUUGACUAUGAAAACCAAGUGAGCAAGAUAUAUGUAGUGCCCUCAUAAUUUAAUUGCAGGGAUUAAUUUA